CUUCAUUUAAAUAUUCUAACAAUUACAAUGAAUAUCCAUUCACUACCAAGAAUUUCUGAAUUACCACAAGAUGUUUGUCAAAGAAUUUGUACUGGAUUAGUAAUUCUUGAUCUAGCUGGGGCUUGUAAAGAAUUAAUUGAUAACGCUUUGGAUGUUAACUCAACAAAUAUAGGUUAGAACAGUCGAAAAUGGAACUGAAUUACUUGAAGUUAUCGAUAAUGGAAGUGGAAUAUUGCCUGAAGAUUUUGAUAAAAUUUGUAUUUUUUUUAAACUUCUAUUAAAAAUAUAAUUUUUUUUAAUUUUAGGCAAACCUCAUUGUACAUCAAAAUUAACUGGUUUUGAAAGUUUCGAUUCUCUCAAUACUUUUGGAUUUAGAGGGGAGGCUUUAAAUGCAUUAACAAAUACAUCACAAGUACUCAUUACUACGAGGGAUGCAAACUCGAGAUGUGCAUUUAAACUCGUUUUUGAUAGAAAUGGGGAAAUUUUGCAAAAAGAGCAAUGUUCGAGACAGGCAAGCAAGGAACAACAGUGUCCAUUUCCAAUCUUUUUAAAUUUUUGCCUGUUCGACGUCAAGAACUUUUACGUUCUUCAAAACGGGAAUUGUUGAAAUUAAUUGAUUGUGUUCAAGCAUUUGCUAUUUCACAUCCAAAAUGUCGUUUUAAUUGCUCAAAUGUAGUUAACGGAAAACCUUCACAAUUACUUUCCUCGCCAGGUGGAAAUACUCAAUUAAUUGAUGUAAUUACUAAUUUACUUGGAACUCCAAAAAAUGAAUUACUUGAAUUGUCUGAAUCAAUUCCAGAAGAAGAUAUUCAACAAAUUUAUAAAAUUAAUAAUAUAAAUUGUGAAAAUAUAUUUAAACAAAUAAGCAAUUUUGAAUAUGGACGCUGUAAAAUUGUUAAAGAAAAACAUUUUGUAUAUGUUAAUGGAAGGCAUAUUGAAUCACAAAGGUUAUCAAAAAUUGCAAAUGAUUUGUAUGGUCAAUACAAUAAAUGUGGGCAACGUUGUAUUUUAAUUCUUUUUAUUUCUAUUCCUUCAUCAACUUUGGAUGUGAAUGUUACUCCUGACAAGAAAACUUUAUUUUUACAUUUUGAAAAAGAGCUUUUUGCGAAACUCCAUUCAACACUCAUUUCCACUUUUUCUAAAGUCCAAGGCCAAUGUUCAACUACUUUAUUUGAAGAUUUAGUCCAAAAUAAAUCUUAUUCAUUAGCAAAAUCCCAACGUUUAUUUUAUGAUUUUAAAUCGUCUACUAAUCUUUUAAAUAAUUUGAAAAAAUUGGAAAGAACUGACAGUGGUGGGUCCACGAAUGUUAUUCAGAUUGAUGAUGAUUUUUGGUUCGUUUUUUCAAAUAAUUCGUUAGAUUUUAAGAUUUAGUCCUAAAGAAUUUUUUUGCUUAUUUUUGGAGUCGGCUCGACCCAAGAAUCUUUUUAUUUGUUCAAAGUUACUUUGAUUGAUUUCCCAUUCUUUGCCUAAAAUAUCCCAGGAAAAUUUAAAUUAAUUUUUGAAAAAUUGCUUUAUUUUUAAAUAUUUUAAGUCAACUUUCUACUUUGUCAUCAAUUACUAAAAACCAAAUUCAAAAUAAAAUUCAAACAACGACAAAAACUCCAAUAAAACAAGAAAUAUCUGCGCUAUCUUCAAAUACUUCCCCACAAUCAUUUAUAUCCUCAUUAUCUUCAAUAUCAUCAUUAUCAGUACCUUCUGCCUCAUUAAUAUCAUCACUAUCUUCUAGUCCAUCUGCCAGUUCGUCAAGCUCAACCCAAUCAACAAUUAGUCAAAAUUCAACAUUAAUCCCUUCCCCAUCUUCUGAACGUUUACAUCCAAUAAACUCUUCUCCAACUUCUAUAAAACAACCAAUAAUUGUUGCCUCUUCUUCUUCAAAUAAUAAUAUUUACCGUCCUCAUCA